CCAAAAGUAUAGAACAAUACAAUGGAGAGUGGACUGAAUUUAUUUCAAUGGCCUUAUUUGUUUAUCAAACCAUGCAGCAUCAUACUACGCGGUAUGAGCCUUUCUUUUUGGUUUAUGGCCGUGAUGCGAUGUUACUAGUCAAGACUGUAGUGGUGACAUUUCCUGCUAAGCUGACUACCAAAGCUGAAACUCAAGAUUAUCUUUUCUGA